UGAUGGUGGUGGUGUUUAUUCUUUUAAGUUAGUGGUUAUAUAUCCCUGAAAACCCCUCUCCCUCACUGUUUGUUGUUCAAAGUUUUGAUUGGAGAUGGGAAGGCAACCUUGCUGUGAUAAAGUUGGGUUGAAGAAGGGACCAUGGACGGCUGAAGAGGACAAGAAGCUCAUCAACUUCAUUCUCACCAAUGGCCAAUGCUGUUGGAGAGCUGUUCCUAAGCUUGCAGGACUGUUAAGGUGUGGGAAGAGUUGCAGGCUAAGAUGGACAAACUAUCUGAGGCCAGACUUGAAAAGAGGUCUGUUGUCAGAUUUUGAAGAGCAGAUGGUUAUUGAUCUCCAUGCUCAACUCGGCAACAGAUGGUCCAAGAUUGCUUCUCAUCUACCAGGAAGAACCGAUAACGAAAUCAAGAACCAUUGGAAUACCCACAUCAAGAAAAAGCUUAAAAAGAUGGGUAUUGAUCCUCUGACCCACAAGCCAUUAAUCCCCGCUGCAACUGCCCAACCUCAACAACAGCAAUGCCAACAAAAAGAAGAAGAACGUUCUGUGACUAGCAGUACUGAUCUUGAAAUGGAAAAAACCAACGAAUCUGAGACACCAUUAGAAUCAUCAAUUGUUGAGAGCAAAGAAGAAGACAAGAGCAUGUCAAGCCCGCUUGAGAACUCCAUGGAAAUCAUGAAUGGCUUCUGUACAGAUGAAGUUCCAUUGAUUCAACCCCAUGAGAUUCUGGUUCCAUGUGAUCCCACUUCAUCAACUUCUUCAUCCUCAUCUUCUUCUUCAUCUGCUUCGUCCAUGAUCCUUGAAGACUUGCAGUUUCUCGAUUUUGACUGGCAUUGCGACUACAACGACGAUUUGGGCUUCUGGGAUGAUGCCUUCACUAGUUGGGAUUUGUUUAUUGACGAUGAUGGUGACAGAAAGCUUACUCUUGACCCUCCCGUCCCCCACUAUCAAAGACUGCCUGUGGAUCCAGAAUCUCGUUAUUCUGAGCAGCUCUUGUGAUUUCAAAAUUUUUGUCCUUGUAAUUUGCUUGGUAGUUGUUUAAAGAGAAACAAUAAAGAAAAAAAAAA